GAGCAGCCCCAGCCUCCCACCCGCACACACCUCCUCUCCGCUCUGCACCAGAAAGGACCGCUUUCUGCUCUGUCUCUUUCCUAUCUCUCUCUCUCUCUCUCUCUCUCUCUCUUUCUGUCAGUCUGGGUGUCCUCAGAAUGAGGUUAGCAGCAGCAGUAGAAGAUAGAGACAGCAGAGGCAGAGUUACUGCAGCAGCCCGGAGAGGCUGUCCUUCAGCCGUGCACCGUCUGCAGCUGCAUUCAGCCCUGUCCUGAGGAGGCAUCGCUCAUCCCUGUGCUCUCCUUCUGUGUCUCUCCCUGCUCCUCCCUCACCUUCUGUCCUCUCUGAAUUCAUCUCUUGAAUUCGCCUUGCUCUCUCUCUCUCUCUCUCUCUCUCUCUCUCUCUCUCUCUCUCUCUCCUCCUCUCUCUCUCUCUCUCUGUAGCAGUGAUGGGGAAGACCACCAUGUAGAGACAGAGAGGCAGCGGAGGCAACAGCAGACUAGCAGCAAUGGGAAGCCACACAUGGAGCGGGUCUGGACUGCAGCCGUGGUGAGCCUGAGACCGACAGGACUUGCAACCACCGUCAUUGCCCUCCUCAGGAGCUGACCACCGGGGCUGUCCAACGCUUACCUGGAUGCUCCCCACUUGUGUUCUGUCAUCCCCUCCUCUCCUCCUUCUCUGCUGCUCUCUAUGCUCUUCUUCUGUUUCUCCUCUUUGAUGGUUUUCGGUCGGCUGAAGUCUGUCUCUCCUGAAGCAGAGAAGCAGCUCAUCAGUUUGUCUCCUUGGAUUUUUUCUCCUUCUUGAUCUGUCUACUCACCUGCAAGAGGUUUUCUUUUUUUCCCCCUCCUCUCUUUUUGGUCGCCGUUGCCUGCUCGAUACCUAUUUUGGAUUUUUUUUUCUUUUCCUUUUUGGAUGAGACUGAGCUCUGUUUUGCAAGCUUUUUUGUUCGAUCUAUAAGCAAUAAGAAACACUAAUCUAACUGACUUGAGAAGCUGACAUCAUGGGGGACAUGACGAACAGCGAUUUUUAUGCCAAGAACCAAAGAAACGAGGGCAACCAUGCGGCGGGCUUUGGCUGCUCGCUCAUGGAGCUGCGCUCGCUCAUGGAGCUGCGCGGCUCGGAGGCGGUGGUCAAGCUCCAGGAGGACUACGGGGGAGUGGAGGGACUGUGCAAACGACUGAAAACCUCACCCACAGAAGGUCUCGCAGGUGCCCAGCCUGACCUUGACAAGAGAAAAGAACUGUAUGGUAGAAACCUGAUACCUCCAAAAAAGCCAAAAACCUUUCUGCAGCUGGUAUGGGAGGCCCUGCAGGACGUCACCCUCAUCAUCCUGGAGAUCGCUGCCCUGAUCUCUCUCGGCCUCUCGUUCUAUCACCCUCCGGGACAGGCCAGCGGAGAGUCCUGUGGCACGGCGGCCGGCGGAGUGGAAGACGAAGGCGAGGCCGACGCCGGCUGGAUCGAGGGCGCCGCCAUCCUGUUGUCUGUAGUGUGCGUGGUGCUGGUGACGGCCUUCAACGACUGGUCCAAGGAGAAGCAGUUCCGCGGGCUGCAGAGCCGCAUCGAGCAGGAGCAGAAGUUCCAGGUGGUGCGCGGCAGCCAGGUCAUACAGCUUCCUGUGUCCGACAUACUGGUGGGGGACAUCGCACAGAUCAAAUAUGGUGAUCUGCUUCCUGCGGACGGCGUGUUGAUUCAGGGUAACGACCUGAAGAUUGAUGAGUCCUCACUGACUGGAGAGUCCGACCACGUCAAGAAGUCUGCAGACAAAGACCCCAUGCUGUUGUCCGGGACCCAUGUAAUGGAGGGGUCCGGGCGCAUGGUGGUGACGGCCGUCGGCGUGAACUCUCAGACUGGAAUCAUCUUCACCCUGCUGGGCGCCGGCGUGGAGGAGGAGGAGAAGAAAGAAAAGAAAGGAGGGGCAGUGGAAGACGGACACCAGAAUACAGACUGCUCCCAUCCCCCUAUCCACCCCAUCGCCACUAUAGCCACGGAUGGGGCUGCAGGCAUUAAUGCCCCUGGCAGUGCCAGCCUAAUUAAUGGUAAAAUGCAAGAUGGCAAUAUGGAGAGCAACCAGAUUAAAGUGAAGAAGCAGGACGGUGCAGCUGCCAUGGAGAUGCAGCCUCUAAAGAGCGCUGAAGGCGGAGAAGCCGACGACAAAGAGAGAAAGAAGGUUUCCGUUUCCAAGAAGGAGAAGUCCGUCCUGCAGGGGAAGCUGACCAAACUGGCUGUCCAGAUUGGCAAAGCAGGUUUGCUCAUGUCGGCCAUCACGGUCAUCAUCCUCGUCCUCUACUUCGCCAUCGACAACUUCGUGAUGCAGAAGCGCCCUUGGAUGCCGGAGUGCACUCCCAUUUACAUCCAGUACUUUGUCAAGUUCUUCAUCAUCGGUGUGACUGUGCUGGUGGUGGCGGUCCCCGAGGGGCUGCCGCUGGCUGUCACCAUCUCCCUGGCGUAUUCUGUCAAGAAAAUGAUGAAAGACAACAACCUGGUGCGUCACCUGGAUGCGUGUGAAACCAUGGGCAACGCCACCGCCAUCUGCUCCGACAAGACAGGCACGCUAACCACCAACCGCAUGACGGCCGUGCAGUGUUACGUCGGGGACGUGCACUACAAAGAAAUCCCAGAUCCCGGAGCUUUGCCACCCAAAUCACUGGAGUUACUGGUCAACGCCAUCUCAAUCAACAGCGCCUACACCACCAAGAUACUGCCACCGGACAAGGAAGGCGGCCUGCCGAAGCAAGUGGGCAACAAGACGGAGUGCGGCCUGCUGGGAUUGGUGCUGGACCUGAAGCGGGAUUACCAGCCGAUACGGAACCAGAUCCCCGAGGAGAAGCUUUACAAAGUCUACACCUUCAACUCGGUCAGGAAGUCCAUGAGCACCGUCAUCAAACUUCCCGACGGCAGCUUCCGCAUGUACAGCAAGGGAGCCUCCGAGAUCGUCCUGAAAAAAUGCAACCAUAUCCUGAGCGAGGUGGGCGAGCCCCGGGUUUUCCGUCCUCGAGACAAGGAUGAGAUGGUGAAAAAGGUGAUCGAGCCCAUGGCGUGCGACGGCCUGAGGACCAUCUGUGUGGCGUACCGUGAUUUUCCCAGCGAUCCCGAACCCAACUGGGACGAUGAGAACAACAUCCUCAACGACCUCGUGGCCAUCUGCGUGGUCGGGAUAGAGGACCCAGUCAGGCCAGAGGUGCCAGAUGCCAUUCAGAAGUGCCAGCGCGCCGGCAUCACGGUGCGCAUGGUGACCGGAGACAACAUCAACACAGCCAGGGCUAUAGCCAUCAAGUGUGGCAUCAUCCACCCCGGGGAGGACUUCCUCUGCAUCGACGGCAAGGAGUUCAACAGGAGGAUCCGCAACGAGAAAGGAGAGGUGGAACAGGAGCGUAUUGACAAGGUUUGGCCCAAACUUCGAGUCUUGGCCAGAUCGUCCCCCACCGACAAACACACACUGGUCAAAGGUAUUAUUGACAGCACUAUGGCCGACCAGAGGCAGGUGGUGGCUGUGACGGGAGACGGGACCAAUGACGGGCCCGCUCUGAAGAAAGCCGACGUCGGGUUUGCCAUGGGUAUUGCCGGUACAGAUGUGGCCAAGGAGGCGUCAGACAUCAUUCUGACUGACGACAACUUCAGCAGCAUCGUGAAGGCAGUCAUGUGGGGCCGAAACGUCUACGACAGCAUCUCCAAGUUCCUUCAGUUCCAGCUCACUGUCAAUGUUGUGGCUGUCAUCGUGGCUUUCACUGGCGCCUGCAUCACACAGGACUCUCCCCUGAAAGCCGUGCAGAUGCUGUGGGUGAACCUCAUCAUGGAUACUUUUGCAUCCCUGGCUCUGGCGACUGAGCCUCCCACAGAGUCUCUGCUAAAAAGGAAGCCAUACGGUCGCAAUAAGCCUCUUAUCUCCAGCACCAUGACAAAGAACAUCCUCGGACACGGAGUCUAUCAGCUCGUUAUCAUCUUCACGCUCCUCUUUGCUGGUGAAAAAAUCUUUGACAUUGACAGCGGGCGCAACGCUCCUCUGCACUCUCCUCCCUCUGAGCACUACACCAUCAUCUUCAACACUUUCGUCAUGAUGCAGCUGUUUAAUGAGAUAAAUGCCCGCAAAAUCCAUGGAGAGAGGAAUGUGUUUGAUGGGAUCUUCAGGAAUCCCAUCUUCUGCUCCAUUGUUUUUGGCACGUUUGCUGUACAGAUCGUGAUUGUGCAAUUUGGAGGAAAACCAUUCAGCUGUCAACCUCUGGACCUGGAAAAGUGGAUGUGGUGUGUUUUCCUCGGGCUGGGAGAACUUGUUUGGGGACAGGUGAUCGCCACCAUUCCCAACAGCAGGUUGCGUUUCCUGCGGCGGGCGGGCCAGUUAACGCAGAAGGACGAGCUGCCAGAGGAGGACGUUAAUGAGGAGAAUGAGGAGAUCGACCACGCAGAGAGGGAGCUGAGGAGAGGGCAGAUUCUCUGGUUCAGAGGACUCAAUCGCAUUCAGACUCAGAUCCGAGUUGUGAAUGCAUUCCGUAGCUCCCUCUAUGAAGGCCUGGAAAAACCAGACUCCAGAACAUCCAUCCACAACUUCAUGACACACCCCGAGUUUAGGAUAGAAGACUCCACGCCCAACAUCCCCCUCAUUGACGACACGGACGAUGACUCCGCGCGGAAGAGGAGGAAGUACUCCAGCCAGCCGUCGUCCCCCAACAAGAACAACAACGCCAUCGACAGUGGCAUCAACCUCACCAUCGACACCAGUAAAUCCGCCGCUUCCUCCAGCCCCGCCAGCCCUCUGCACAGCUUGGAGACCAGCCUCUAACGCUGAUCCCGAACUCGGUUCUCGCCGCCCUCUGACGUGUGGCGUCCUCGCAGCGUCCCGAGGACCGCCUCCUGCCCGACUCCUCCAGACCUUUAACUGCAACCAUGCACCUUGACGACCCCGUAACUGUCCCCACCCUUCCCCACCCAAGUCCCCUUCAAAAAAAGAAGAAAAAAAAGAAACCCCAUCUCCAUCACCAACACAGGGCAGGUCCUGUGGGAAAACAACCCCCCUUAUAGCUCUCUGCUCCGUUCACAAAGGAGAAAAUCUAAGUAAUAUGGCAACGUGAAAAGAAAUACAAACUAACAUACAAUCAAAAAAGCGCAACAAAGCCACAAAACCUACACAGCCAUCCUGCUUUUGUGGUUGUAUGUGUAUGGUGGCAGCCGUGGUGGUGUGUAUGACUAUAUGCUUGUACUGGUUAGCAUGUACUGUAUAAGCGUGCGGCUGACUGCACAUAUGUAUGAACUGUGUCUCUCGUGGCACCGGGAGGAGGACGAUGAGGAGGGAGAUCCUGCUGAGGAGUAAAAAUCACACACCCGAACAGACUCUGUCUCCCCUUACACUCCCUUCUCUUCGACAAUAACAUUGUUAAUACUGAUGAUAGUUUAAAUUAAAUUGAAAAACAUUGUUAUUAUUCUAAUUCUGAUUCUAAUUAUUAUUGUUAUUAUUAUUGUUGCUCCUGCAUGAAUGUACAUUUCCCAAGUUUUAUUUAAAAGGGUUUUAAUUUUAUUGGAGUUCUUUGGUUCUGAUGGGCUGGGCCUUGCAGCGGACUGAUGUUUUAAAGACAGCUUCACUGAGUUCCUGGCCUGCGAUGUUCCCUCUUCUGUGUGGCAUGAACAUAUACCCAACUGUAAAGAUUUCUUUCAUCCAUAAACAGAAAUGUGUACCGAGGUGGUAGGGCUCAACUUGCACAGUAGUUUUGCACCUGUCAGAAAAAGAGGAACGCAAAAUAAUAAUGAUGAUAGCAUUUAUGGGAUAUAUUCUAUAAAUAUAAAUACAUAUAAAUAUAUUUAGAGAGAGUUUAUCUUUGUUUGUUGGCAUGUUGCCUUGUUCCUGCUUCAAUGGCUCAAAUUACUUUGACUUAUUUAUGUCUUAAAGAGAAUGUAAUUUGUUUACAACCUUGUAGAGAUAAACUUCCGGGGGUCGAGACGCGAGGGAGGCGCUGGAGGUGAAGCUCAGAUGGACCAGAGCUGCGUUGGUGUUUUAUUACUGAAAAACCAUGUGCUGGAAUUUGCCUGCUAUCUUGUCAAAUAAUGUAGAUACUUUUAGAGGAUUAACAACAAGAAGAAACCAAAAUAUAAUGGGAUACAUAGUAAAUGUGGAAUCUUAGUAUUACUCUGUAUGAUUGUUGGAAUCAAGUUGGAGUGGCUUGCCUUUUCUAAACGAAGGCCUCCUUUUUGUGACAGAGGGGGAUAUUUAAUUCUUUUGUUUUUUUUCCCCAUGACUUCUCUCUUUUCUUUUGAAUUUAUGUUUUAUGUUCUUUUCUGUGCUUCAGCGCUGGCCUGGGGUCAGGGCUCGAGUCAAAGGCUGAUAUCAGGACCUUUAUAGUGAUCUGUCUUCUAGAUAAACCUGCUUCUUCAAAGGAUUUGAUGUUUU